GUGGCGACAUGGCAAUUGGAGCUUCCGGCACAUCGGGAGGAGAAAAGGAGGAGGAGAACAGAGAGAAGAGAAGGUAUAAGAACCUCCUGGCACACAAUUGUGUUCCUUGAAGAAGAGAUCACUUUUUUUCUAACUUCUGUGUCUAACUCAUCAUCAUGCAGCUUCUCCUGGGACUUUUCUUCUUCUCCAUCCUCCUGACUACAGGUAGUUCCAUACAGUGUUCAUAUUGUUUUGUAAUUAAUGGAUAUUGCUCUGGUGGAAAGCAAGAAUGUCCUGCUGGGAGUGAUGUCUGUAUGACUUACAGUUUGCAGAGUAAAGGAGACAAACAGAUACAUGCCAACUUUGAAGCUUGCACUACGAAAAAGGAUUGUAAGAAAAUGGAAGAUCUGAAAGGGAAACCUUUCCUUGACAUGGCUACCAUACCUGAUUUCCCAGGAGAAGCUAUCAUUAAAGAGGUGGUCUGCAGCAAAGCCCCUCCCUCCUUUGCAUUCUUCUUCUCAGCAUUCCCAGGGCUCCUCCUGAUGAAGCUUCUCUUCUAAAGCUCUUCCUUCCACCCAAGAAGUUGUUCCUUUGAUAUUAUGCUUAAUCCUUUUCCAAAUAGAAACCAGUUAAGCAGACAGAAAUAUAAUCAGCACCUUGGAUUGUGUGUUUGAACUAAAAAAGAUGGUGUAAUUCAAAUAAAAAAAAAACCCAAUAAAUAAUCAGAUUCCAGUCCCUGCCUGAUUAUUUUGAUUUGGUGCAGAAAAAAAAUCCACAUUUUCUAUUUUGCAGGGAUUGUUUGUCAUUCCCUUCUUCCAGAUUUGAUUUGAUAUUGAUUUUUAUUAAUUAAUAUAUGAAAUGUAG